AUGUUGUUCGAACGCCACGAUGCUGGCAAUCGUUCCUCGCUAUUCAAACGCCCAAAAUUAGCUCCACCACCCAACGAUGCCAAUGAACUUCAGUUGAAACGCGGUUCAUGCGGUGGGGAUGCCACCCUGCAACUACUAACAGGCGACCUGCGAAUCCCAAAUCCCACGAAUAAACUACCCUUGAAAUCGAUGGGUCUGAAUCUUCCCAUGGCCCCGCUGGUGCUGCCACUGAAAAGACUUCAAGAUUACAGUGCUCUCAAAGAAACUCUCAACAGGAAGGUUAGCCCUCGAACAGUCCUUGCUCGCCCAAAGCGACUUGAUACAUAUCCAGUUCCCGAUCCCGAUCUUUUGGACGAAGUCAAAGAGUUGGGGGUGCAACGUGAUGCGGUCAAGGUUGAUGUUGAAAGGUUACGUCAUGCCCUAGCAACGAAGCGAGUGGCUAAACAAACUUUACUACGUCGAGUUGAGGAGUUUCGUGAAAAGUUAGAAUUACUCAAGGGUGGUGACGCUGAAAUCGCAGCACUCAAGGAGGAAAUGCGUUGUUUGCGCAACGUAACUGAAGAGAUGUAUACUAAAGAAUACGAUGGAGUCAAAUCGGAAAGCCAGGCGCUCGUGGACUCAAACAAGAACUUUCGGUAUUCUGAUCUUGUAUCAGCAAUUGAAAAGCUCGAUGAACGAAAAAAGAAGUUGCAUGGGAAGGUGUUGCUUCGUCGAUCUGAUGUUGAUAAGGCGGUAUAUGAGGAGGAAAGAUUGCUUGAUAAAGAGUAUCUGGAGUCAGUGGAAGUGCCUCAUGCGAAAGAGCUAGCAACACGCCGUAUAAGCUUAAUGGAGCGCGAGCAACAAAUCGCUGUUGAGGAGGCCCGAGUUUUGGAUAUUGAACAGAAGCUUCAACAACUUAUCGUAAAGCGACAGGAUCUUACUGAGAAGCUUUCCCAAAUCAAACUUGACGAUGGUGGUUACGAUAAGCAUGUGCAUGAUUUGAAGAUGUCUCAUGUUGGUGUCGACGCAGAAGUAACAGCUGUUGACAAAGAAUUGAGCAUAAUUAUGAAGAAGCUCGACCUGGUUCAGAUUCGUCACACUACAGCCAUGAACAAUGCAAAAAUCAGGCUGCACCAACUUCGAUGGAUUGAAUUUCAAAUUGGCGAAUAUCGAAAAUGUGUAAGAGUCAUUGCAGUUUGUCAAAGCAAAAGCAUCAAGGAGCGAUCAUUGAUUGUUGGUAAGAGACAGUAUAUGUUAACGCAGGUGGUAGACACCUAUGAUGUCGACGUGGUAAGAUGCCUUGUGGAGAAGGCAGCCGCUGGAAGGGAUACGUCGAUUGGAAUCUACGGCUUACUGGUGGGGGCUAUGAUUGAAUCAAUUCAGAAAGUCUACCAGGACGCACUUCCAUUAGGCAAAACAGCUACAAAAUCAUUGGAGCACUCUGUAUCAAACGAAGGUCUUGAUUAUGUUGUGCAAGCAGAGGGCGCUGGACGUCUUCGUGUCUUCGAAAUCUCUUCAUUCGACAAUCUCAAGUCGCUUGCCUCCCAAAUGUCUUUAGCUCUAGUCAUCAAGAUAGAGGAUGAUAUCCCCACAACCAUGCUAGAUCAACUCGCGGAAUUGGCGGUUACUCCAAAUAUCUUUUAA